AUGAAUCAAGCCGAAAAGCUCAAAAAUGAAGGUAACGAAGCGUUCAAGAGGCACGAGUAUAAAAAGGCUGCAAAAAUCUACCGUGAUGCAAUUCAGCUAGACAUGUACAAUCCUGUCUUGUAUUCGAAUCGAGCCCAAUGCUUUUUGAAUUUAGGCGAUUAUGAAAGAGCUCUCGACGAUACAACCAGUGGGUUGAACUUGGGAGGGCAAGGCAAAGUGGCGGUGAAGCUCAACUAUCGACGAGCAAUGACAUUGUUGGAACUCAAUCAAAUGCAAGGUGCUAAAGGCGCACUUCAAAGUGUUUUGCAAUUAGAUCCGCAAAACCACACCGCCAAAAAACAACUUGCCGAUUUGGAAGCUACAAUGGAGAGAAAUGGAACGCUUAAGGACAUAAUCAUACUGCGCCAAGAGAAGCCAUUUCCGUUAGCGGGUUCUAAAUCACUAAAUGCAAGUCUGCUUCCUUCAAAUAGUUUAGUCAGUUCAGAUGGAGAGAUUGGAGAGCAAUGCUCAUCUGAUAAAAUUCCUAAAAGGAAGAAUGAACCAAUUUAUCAAAAGGCGGAUAAUGUUACAGCCAAUAAAUUGAAGCAUCUGUCCACGGAAUCCGCCACUACCCCUCUGCCUAUGCGAUAUCUUUUAGCGUUGAAGCAUUUAAAUGAGGAGAAGAAAAUACACGCAUACAAAUACAUUUUGAAUCUUGAAAGUACAGCAUAUACUGAGCUUUUCCAAGACACAGGUAUAGAUGCUGAGUUUUUAGAAUUCUAUUUACAUGCGGCUCGAUAUGUAUUUUCCAACAAGGUUAUAGAAGAUCCCGAGCACGUUGUUUUAGAUCAAAUGACCCUAUUUUCCAGCUUUAAGGGAUAUGAUUUGGCAUUAGGGUCAUGGGAUUCCAGUUUGAAACAACAGACCUUGAAUAUUAUAGAAGAAAAGUUUCCACAAUUGCUAAAUCAAUAUAGGCAGUUAAUUAAAUAG